UUUUCUCUCUUCGCGCACACCCGCACACCCGCACUUUCCCUCCUACAGUAAUAAUACCUAAUACAUCCGCCCCUUCCCGCGCACAAACACCUCUCACGCGCCUGCCCCGUCUUACCUACCUUGGAAUUCGUCGCCGUUCGCCUCGCACUUUACUCCGCCCGGUCUUCCGCGCACCAGACUCGAUACAGCAGGCGCCCCAACCGGGUUUCUGCAAUUGACUUUGCGGCCUACUACAACCCAGAGCCUCUCCGCUCGACGCCAGAUCAAGUAUAGGUCGUCGGCACCACGACCAAAACAGUAUCUCCACCAUUUUUUGCCUUUUUUGUUCGUGAUACCGUCGUCGUACCUCGACAAAAAUGGCCGACAUCACAGACCAACACGACCAGACCUCGCCCACCGAACUCGACGAAUCCCACGUCGGCAAUGGCAAUCCCGGCCCUGCAGAGAACCGCGGCAUCAAGCGGCAGCGCCCCAGCAUCGCCGACGAGGACGACGAUGACGACGAGAAGGCCGGCCGCGAGCGCCGCAAGAUCGAGAUCAAGUUCAUCAGCGACAAGUCGCGUCGCCACAUCACCUUCUCCAAGCGCAAGGCUGGUAUCAUGAAGAAGGCGUACGAAUUAUCUGUCCUCACCGGCACGCAAGUCCUACUCUUAGUCGUGUCCGAGACGGGAUUGGUCUACACCUUCACCACCCCCAAGCUGCAGCCUCUGGUCACCAAGGCGGAGGGCAAGAAUCUCAUCCAGGCCUGCCUAAAUGCGCCCGAGCCUUCGCAAGGGAACGAAAAUGGUGUCGACGACGGGAAUCAGGGCGACUCGCCCGAGGAACCGCCCAACUCGCAUCUCCCGCCGCAGUCGACUCGGCCGGGAAUGCCUCAGAAUCACAUGCCCCCGAACUACAUGCCGAACGUGCCCAUGGAUCCUCAACAGGCGCUAGCAUACCAGAGUUACGUGCAGCGGGGCCAGUACGGGAUGCCUCCGCAGUCGGGUAUGCCGCAGCAUACCUCACAUCAAUCGUGACUAUCGCCGUUCCGGCGAUGACAUUGCCUUGCGCCUGAUACCCCGAAUUUAAUGCAUUCAUGAGGUUCCUUUUCCAUUCGAGGCAUUCUGAACA